AUGAAGACACGCCACCAAUGUGGGCAGGAGUCAGAGCGCAGGAAGGCCCAGCGAAGGUGGCAGUGUACGGAAAAGUGUUCACAGAACAAUAAACGCCUUCUGGAGGAACGGCAUAAAAGUCAGGAGCAGGAGGAGAGAGAGACCCAGAAGAAAACAGAACAGGAAGAGUACGAGGAGCAAGUGGAGAUGGCCAUCCAUAGAGCUUCCAUGGAAAACCGUAUCGCUCUUCCUCUGGGCCAAAGAAACGGUGAAGUCGAUAACCGUCUUCACUUCUAUAAGGACGGACAAGGCUUCAUCGUAAACUCCAAGAGGAAGUUUGAGCCUCGUCAUUCUUUAAUUUUGACCGAUGAGACGCCCAAAAAACAGGUGACAGUACCUCAAGGCAACACCACUCCAAAACCAAAGAGUGUGAAACAAGUAAGAGUACAGGAGCAGAAACAGCCAUCCCCCAGUGUUUUCCGAGGGUUAGGACCAGUCGAGAAGUUGGACCAACCCUCACCAAAGUUGUUGGCCUAG